CUUUGCAGCUCUGUCGGAGUUCAUGAGUUGAUAAUAGGACAGUACUUGGCGGUCGUCGAAACUGUGAUCUUUCAAUCCACCCAAUACGGUCCACCAAUGAGUCUGUCGGACAAUAGGACCGGUGGCUCGAUGCCGCCCGCGAACUUGACCUUGGAGAGAAGAAUGUAUAGGCACCGCAGAAUCAGAUCCUUCUGUCUCGUUAUCAAGCAAAGUCAUAACAAUCCUAACUUUUUCCGAAUAAUCGCAUGGG